CUGGACGUUCGCAAAUAUUUGAGCGGAUAACGGGACAGGUGAUCGGGUUUCUACUGGACGAAGCUCUCCUGGUGUUGGAUGUUCAUUUUCUUUUUCCUGGAUUUUCAUUGACUUCGUGAAAUUACUUUUAAGACCCAUGGAAGUUUGAUAAAAGGUGAUCAAAUGGAUUUGAUGAGAAAAAGUGUCUGCGUGCUGAUUUUACUCAGCGUAUACGCGUGCGCAUCAAAGCUUAUUGGCGACAUUUACGAGCCCAGAGGUCAGCAAAUAUGCAAGCGUGGCACUGAGAAGCCCUGCUAUAAAAUCGCCUAUUUUCAAGAAAAUCGGCGUAAACUCAACUUUGAAGAUGCAAGUCGAGCCUGCAAGAGUGAUGGAGGCGAUCUUCUCAGUAUUGAGUCUAAGACUGAGCAGAGACUGAUAGAGAACUUCAUCCAUGAACUGAAAGCAUCGGACGGAGACUUCUGGAUCGGGCUCCGUAGGGAUCAAGCCAAUCAGGGGAUAAACGGAGACUGUCCUUCUCAAUACUACUGGCUGGAUGGAAGCCAAGCAACCUUCAGGAACUGGCACUGGGAUGAGCCUUCUUGUGGAUUUGAGGUAUGUGUAGUGAUGUACCAUCAGCCCUCUGCUCCUCCAGGUCAGGGUGGACCUUACAUGUUCCAGUGGAAUGAUGACAAUUGUGAAACCAAAAACAACUUUAUCUGCAAGUACACCAAAGGUUGGGAAGAUAAACCUCCAGCAACCGUUCCUGCAGAAAAUAGAACAUUUGAAGGUGCUCUUCCGACACCCAGAAUACCCCAAAACCCCUCUGUCACAGACAAGGAUGAUGGCAUGAGGGUGGUCGCAUCUGAACCUCCAGACAACAUUCUUAAUAUUGCUUAUAUUGUGCUGCCAACCAUUCCACUUCUGCUGCUGUUGAUUGUGGCGACGAGUGUUUUCUGCUUUAAGCUGUUCACAAAGAGGAAGAAACAACAGACUGAGACCCCUCCGAAGGAGCCAGGAUACAGGGGCGCUGGAGAAAGAUGCAACAGUCCAAGCCCUGACGUCUAUAACGUCAUCCGGAGGCAGCAUGAAUCAGACCUGGCCGGCACGCGGCCUGACAUCAAGAACACUUCCUUCCUUGGUUCUUCUCCAGACACUCCACCUGGAGAUUAUGACAACUUGGCAGGCCGGGACACUGAAAGUGGUUUCGUGACACUGGCCAGCACUGAGAGCAGCUUUGUGACCAACGACUUGUACGAUACGCUGCAAGGCCGUGGAAGUGGGAGAUAUUACAGAGACCAGGGAUGGAUGGAUGAAUUAUAUGGCUACUGAUAUGUAAGGUGAACAUUAGCAUUUAACUGCAUAUUCUCCUAUAAAACUGAUAAUAGCUGUUGAUGUCUUACCCAAGUAUUUCCUUGGUGCGAGAUAUCCAAUAUUAUCUAUUUCAGUACAGGUUAUAAAAUCAGGAGGACGCAAGAGCUCAAAAGAGAUCUGGAUGUGUGUACUGUAUUAAAUGAAUGAGAAGCUGCGUCCCAAAUGAAGCACUAUACACUAUGCACUCAUACACUAUGUACUAAUGCACUAUGUACUCAACCAUGUAGUGUAUGAAUUAUAUAAGGUUAUUUUGUCAUUCUUAAUCUGAAGUCUGAUAGCCCCUCUCCCUUCCCUACAUAAUUAACUGUGACCUAUGUGUCCAACAUUACACACUUCUUUUUUCAGUUAUUUAAGUGCAUCAUCCAGGUAUUUAAAUUCCAGUGUGAACGCACUACCCGCACUAUUUAUACUACAAAACAUCAUAGUGCAUAAGAGAGUGUGUGUUUUUUUAGUAUCAUCAAAGACUAUAGAAUACCCAAGCUGUGUCACUCGUAUAGUUUUGAAUGGGGAAAAAUACAAUGCUCAAUAUGGCUGCUCAAUUGCAGGAAGCUCCGCCUUCUGAAUGACGGAGCUAAUCGAUAAAGUCAGCGCAUCACUGCAGCUGCUGUUAGAAGUCCUGGUUGCUAUAGAAACAGUCAAUGUUUUGAGACAUGCACUCAGGACUACGAUUGUACACUGGCUGAUCUAACCUGAAUAAUAAGAUUUUUAUAAUGCUAUUUGAGCAAAAUAAACAACAUUUAUGACACAGUUGAUAUCAGAUUUAUUUGGUGAUUUCAAAUAUGAAAAUAAAUAGCAAGAUUAGUGAACAAUUUUGUAGAAUUUGAUGUUUCCCCAUUCAAAGAGACAGGAGUUGCACAUGCCUGAGAGGGGUUUCAAAGAUGGCCCCCAAGUGACAUGACUUGCCUUAAGGGGACUUUGUUAUUCAUAAACCAUUAGUUUAAUAUUUUGGCUACUUAAGCGAAACGAAAAUUAAAAUUGUUGCUUUGGCUUAAAUAACAUAAGCUAAAACUGAUUUAAAGUUUUUUAAAAUAUUUUGUUUCACUUGGUGAUUACUUAAAAGUAAGUGGGCUAUGUUUUUAUGGUUUCAAUUUUAAUUUCAAACUAUUAUAACUCCAUUUCUUUUCUUUUCCCUCUUUUUUUUUUUGGGAUUAUGAUUUUAUAGUUUUCAUAGUUUUUUUAUGCAUCUUAAAGCCAGAUCCUGGUCAACAAAUCAGAAUGAGAUACUCGGAUAUGUUUGCCCUCACUGGUUGGUUUGCAUGACCUUGUUAUGCUGCUUUUACUGGAUGUACUGUUUGGGGCUCAGUAAUUACACUGUGACGAUCUCUUGCAGACCGUCUUUUCCUGUGAAAUAAUGAAUGAUCAAACAUCCUUCAAGUUUUUAUAUGCAAAUAUCGGAAUGUGAAUGCAGUGAAAUGAAGCCUUAAACAAAAAAAAUAAAUGAAUGAAGUUGAAACUAAACAUUU